AUGGACAAUUAUAAUGAAUCUUUUCAGAAACCACAGCCAGGAUCAGAGAAGCCACAUCCUGAAUCAGGGACAAUGAAGCCUCAUCGGUCAUUCUUUGGUGGAAGAUUCUCCAUCGAAGAAGGUGGCAUCGAACGAGUCACUGAUGAAGAACGACAACAGAAUACAACCAAGUUUUGGCAUGCUGCUACAUUCUGGUUCAGCGCAAACAUGGCUGUAGCCACCCUCAACAUCGGCUCCCUGGGAGGCUCUAUGGGCCUUCCCUUUUGGGACUGCUUCAUCGUCAUUCUCGUGGUCAAUGUGACAACCAAUUUGCUACCAGCCUGGACAUCUGUAUUUGGAUUAACCGGGCUACGCAUGACGACCUUCUCGCGAUACUCAUUCGGCUACUGGGGAAACAUGCUCGUCGUUGUAUUCUCCAUGAUUGCUACAACGGGCUGGAACGCAAUCAACUCAAUCUCGGGCGCAGCCGUCCUACACGCCGUCUCGGAUGGUCGUUUCCCCAUCUGGGCUGGCGUAAUCGUGAUCUGUGUGGCUGUCUGGGUCAUCUGCGUUCUGGGUAUUAACUGGAUCCACCGUCUCGACACAUUGAUCUGGAUACUGCCGUUUAUUGUGUGGUGUGUCGCAGCUGGGACAGGUGGUUCACAUUUCACCAGCGAGAAUCAGGUGCAUCUUCAGGGGGCGGAUAAAGCUGCUGCUAUUCUUAGCUUCAUUGCUUUGAUCUUCUCCUUCUCAGUCUCCUGGGUAAAUUGCGCAGCGGAUUAUAAUGUGCGCAUGCCCAAGGGUACGCCACGCUGGAAGAUCUUCACUGCUACCUAUGUUGGUAUCUUUGUUCCUACUGUGCUUGUUCAGACUCUUGGUGCGGCCAUGUAUACAGGUACGAUCAACAACCCAGCAUGGAAAGAAGCAUAUGGAGCUUCUUCGAUUGGGGGGUUGCUUAAGAUGGCAUUGGAGCCAGCAGGGGGGUUCGGAAAGUUCUUGAUGGUGCUGGCAGCAUUGAGCUCAAUUCCAAACAACAUUCCAAACAACUACUCCUUUGCACUACAUGCACAGAAUCUGGGACCGUGGGCUAUGCGAAUUCCCCGUGUGGUCAUGGUCACUUUCGGAUUCAUCGCGGCGAUAGUAAUUGGCUGUUGCGCAGCCAGAUAUUUCGCUGAUACCCUAGAGACACUUCUUAGUGUGAUUGGGUACUGGACUGUGAUCCAUAUCACUUUGGUGAUAGAAGAACAUUUCAUUUUCCGGCGUGGAUGGAAAGGAUAUGAUUUUGAUGCUUGGAACAGCACUGCUUUUUUGCCAUUUGGAUGGGCCGCGAUCGGGGCUUUCGCCUUGGGAUUCGUGGGUGCUGCUCUUGGUAUGAAAACCGCCUGGUAUUCAGGCCCUAUUGCUUCUUUGAUUGGCAAGAAAGGUGCAAAUAUAGGUCACGAGUUGACAUUUGCGUUCUCUGGGGCCGCAUUCCCUCUGUUACGGUGGAUUGAAAAGCGUUAUGGGGGCUAUUGA